AUGACCCAGCCCAUUAACUUGAUAUUUCGAUUUCUACAAAGUAAAUCGCGGAUUCAGAUCUGGCUGUACCAGCAGAAGGACACGCGGAUCGAGGGGAGAAUCAUUGGUUUCGACGAGUACAUGAAUCUGGUGCUGGAAGAUGCAGAGGAGAUUUCCAUGAAGAAGCAAACCAGGAAACCACUUGUUCUUCUGAGGAAAUACAAAAGAAACAGAAAACUUAUUGUGCUAGUUCUUUUCCCACCUUCCUCUCUUUCUGGUUUUCCUUAUUGCCACUCCUCCUUGCAUGCCGUCUCCCCUCUGCUCCUCCUGCCUUUUCCUCCCGUUUUCUCCUACCCUGUGCGCCUACCCGCUUCUCCUCCCUUCUUCUCAUCCACUCUUCCUGUCCGCUCUGCUCUUCCCCGCUUCUCCUCCCCUCUUCUCCCCCCCUUUCUCCUCCCCUCUUCUUCUCCCCGCUUUUUCCCAGGCCGCAUAUUACUGAGAGGAGACAACAUCACGCUCAUGAUGAACACGUGA